CUCUAUCCGCUGCAAAACAAACUCUAAGCAAAACAGGGGGGCAGAAAUACAUUUUGUGAGCAGAAUAAGCCAUUAAAAUAACCGUUUUAAUUGGCAUUGACACGCUAAAGCGCAACAUAAUCAUGUGAAAUUACCAAACGCUCACUGUGGAAUAUUGCGUUACGUGCCCAGACAGAAGAAACAAGAAUCCCGGGGGCAAGGAAAUUAUAACCUCAAAGUCGCAACUGGACGCGGGUGCACCUGCUUGCAUUUGCAGUUCAGGCACUUGGGUGUCCCCCCCCCACUCCGCCACCCCGCCACACACCCAUUAGCCAAGAGAAGUGAACUCGAAGUGAAUGUUCAACAUGUCGACCUCCUCAAUUGUACAACAGUUCGUCAACGGACUCAAAUCCCGCAAUCGCAAUGUGCAAAACAAGGCGGCGCAGGAUCUUUUCCUGUAUGUCAAAACGGAGCUGCGGGAAAUGUCGCAGGAGGAGUUUGUGCAAUUCUUUGAGGACUUUGACCAUCACAUAUUUAACAUGGUCAAUGCAACGGACAUUAAUGAGAAAAAAGGCGGCGCCUUGGCCAUGAAGUGCUUAAUAAGUGGCGAUGGUCCCAUAACCCGCAAAGGCAUCUCCCCGUAUCUCAACCGACUGCGCGAUCUGCUGCUCAUCAACGAUGUGUCUGUUAUUGAAAUUGCCGCCCGCUCGCUGGUCAAGUUGGCCAAUAUGCCUGGCUCCAAGGGCGCUGAAUCCUUUCAAUUUGACAUUAACAAGGCCUUUGAGAUGCUCAGCGGCGACAGACAGGAAUAUCGUCGCCAUGCUGCAGUCUUCAUCUUGCGAGAGCUGGCAAUUGCGCUUCCAUUCUACUUCUAUCAGCAAAUUUUGAAAUUCUUUGAGCACAUAUUUCAUGCCAUCUUUGAUCCAAAGCCGGCUAUACGUGAAUCCGCUGGAGAGGCUCUACGUGCUGCAUUAAUUGUAAUCGCACAGCGGGAGAAUGCAAAGCAAUCGAGUGAACCACAAUGGUAUAAGAUCUGUUAUGAUGAAGCGAGCAGCAGUUUCAACACGGAUGUCAUCACGGGCAAGGAGCAAAAGGGAAUGACACGCGAUGAUCACAUUCACGGUGGUCUCAUUGUCUUCAAUGAACUCUUUCGCUGCGCCAAUGCAAACUGGGAACGUCGUUAUACGAAGCUAAAACAACUGUUUCCAAGGCCACAACAUAACAAGUUCCUGGACACAAGCAGCUCAUCCACAGUGGGCAAUCAAUUGACCACAAUUGUGCCCCGUCUCAAAGUGCCCUUUGUGGAUAAAUUGGGCAGCACACAGAAGCAGAUGGAGGGGGAGCAACACACUGACAUGGCCAACAAGAAAUUCACAAGUCAAACUGUGCUGGAGUCUGCGUAUGCUCAUGAGAUACUCAAGGAACACUUCAUAAGCAUUUGCGACAAUGUGCUGGAGCAGCGUUCAUCCAAAUCUCCGUAUGUGCAGCAGGCACUGCUCCAAAUAUUGCCACGUCUGGCAGCCUUUAAUCGCGAGGUGUUUGUGGCAAAAUACCUGAAAAUAUGUGUUGAUCAUUUGAUGUCCAUUUUGCGGGGCAAGGAGAAGGAUCGCAAUGUGGCGUAUAUAACUAUCGGUUACUUGGCCGUUGCCGUUGAGAGCGACAUUGAGCAGCAUCUGAAGAACAUUAUGGGCAGCAUUAAGCAAGCGUUGCCAGCCAAGGAUUUGACCAGUAGACGAAAGCCUCCAGUGGAUGCGGCUGUCUUUGCCUGCAUCACGUUGUUGGCACAUGCAGUCAAGUCCCAGAUUGCCGAGGAUGUCAGGGAUGUUCUCGAACAGAUGUUUCAUACGGGCUUGUCACCCGCUCUGACUGUUUGCCUGCGGGAACUCGCGGAGAAUGUACCGGAGCUGAAGUUGGCCGUAACGGACGGAUUGACUGACGUCCUCUACAAGGUGCUGAUGAAUAAACCCUCGUCUAUGCCAUAUGGCACAAUGCCGCCGAUCAGUUUUGAUGCCUCACUGAUGCUGCAUUCGGCGGAUAGUGCCACCAUUGUGUUGGCUCUCAAGACACUGGGCACUUUCAAUUUUGAGGAGCAAAACAUGUUGGACCUGAUACAACGCUGUGCGGAUGUGUUUAUUGUGCACGAGCAGCACGAGAUUCGCCUGGAGGCGGUGCAAACCUGCACGCGUCUUUUGAAACUCGCCGUUCAGUCGGCGGAGAGCAUGGAGAACUCGAGGACACUCAGCGAUACGGUGUCCCAUGUGAUUGAACGCCUUUUAACCGUCGCAAUUACGGACAUGGACUGCAAUGUCCGUAUCCGCAUCCUGCGCUCCCUCGACGAGACCUUUGAUGCCAAAUUGGCGCAACCAGAAUCUCUUAAUGCAUUGUUCAUCACGCUCCACGAUGAGAUCUUUGAGAUUAGAGAACUGGCAAUGGUUACCAUCGGUCGAUUAUCCUCCAUGAAUCCCGCCUAUGUGAUGCCCAAGCUGCGCACCACAAUGAUUGAGCUCCUCACGGACUUAAAGUACUCUGGAAUGAGCAGGAAUAAGGAGCAAAGUGCAAGGAUGUUGGAUCAUCUGGUGAUAAGCACACCACGUCUCAUCUCCUCCUACAUGAACCCCAUAUUGAAAGCGCUGGUGCCGAAGCUGCAUGAACCGGAGUCCAAUCCUGGCGUGGUGCUGAAUGUACUCCGUACAAUUGGUGACUUGGCGGAGGUUAACGGCGGCUCCAAUGAAAUGGAACUCUGGGCGGACGAGCUACUCUCCAUUCUCCUCGAGAUGUUGGCGGUGAACGAUGACAAACGUGGCGUUGCCUUGUGGACACUGGGACAGUUGAUAAGUGCCACGGGUCGCGUUGUCAGUCCGUAUCACAAAUAUCCCGUGCUAAUUGACAUUUUAAUCAAUUUCCUUAAGACGGAACAGCGGCGCUCGAUACGCCGUGAAACGAUACGUGUUUUGGGAUUAUUGGGAGCCAUGGAUCCGUAUAAGCACAAGAUGAACAAGGGAUUGAUCGAUAGUCAAAAGGAUAAUGUGCUGAUUGCCUAUUCCGAUGGGAAGGCAGAUGAAAGCCAGGAUAUUUCCACAGCCGAACUGUUGGUGAACAUGGGAAAUGCCUUGGAUGAAUAUUAUCCGGCUGUGGCAAUUGCCGCCUUGAUGCGCAUUCUCCGAGAUCCGACGUUGAGUAGACGACACACGAGUGUCGUUCAAGCUGUCACCUUCAUCUUUCACACGCUGGGCAUCAAGUGUGUUCCAUAUUUGGCCCAGGUACUGCCCAAUCUCCUGGACAAUGUGCGCACUGCGGAUAACAAUCUGAGGGAGUUUCUCUUUCAACAAUUGGCUAUUUUGGUGGCGUUUGUGAAGCUGCACAUCAUCAGCUACAUGGACGACAUCUUCAAGUUGAUCAAGGAAUUCUGGACAAUCAAUACGCCACUCACUUCGACGCUCAUCAAUCUGAUCGAGCAGAUUGCGGUUGCCUUGGGCUGUGAAUUUCGGGACUACCUUGCACAACUGAUACCACAAAUAUUGAGGGUGCUGCAACAUGACAACUCCAAGGAUCGCAUGGUCACCCGAAGAUUACUGCAGGCACUGCAGAAAUUUGGCAGCACCUUGGGCUACUACUUACCGCUAAUUGUGCCACCAAUUGUGAAGCUCUUUGAUUCGCCGUAUGUGCCCCAACAGGUGUCCCUUGUGGCGCUGGAGACGAUCAAUAAUCUUGCCUGCCAACUGGACUUUACCGACUUCUCCUCACGCAUCAUCCAUCCGCUUGUGCGUGUGCUCGAAGCGGAGCCGGAGCUAAGGGAGCCGGCAAUGACCACGUUGAGAUCGCUAGUGAAGCAAUUGGGCAAAAAGUAUCUGGUAUUUGUGCCGAUGGUGCAGCGUGUAAUUAACAAGCAUCGCAUUCUGGAUGCCGAAUAUGAGAAGCUAUUGACACGCAUCCAAUCCAACAGCACAUUGCCGGAUGCCUGUGGCAUUGGAUUCGGCGUCGGCAUCGCCGGAGAUGUCAAUCAUCGGCAGGUCAAUGAACCUUUUGUCGUUGAUAGCAACAACAGCAACAAUCUGAGGGUGUCCACAACGGCACUGCGAGCCGCUUGGCAGGUGACGCGUCUGGUGUCCAAAGAUGAUUGGGUUGAGUGGUUAAAGCGAUUAUCCAUUGGUCUGCUCAAGGAAUCCCCAUCACAUGCCUUGCGUGCCUGCUGUGUGUUGGCUCAGGAUUAUGAUACGCUUCUUCGAGAUCUCUUUAAUGCCGCCUUCAUCUCGUGCUGGACGGAAUUGUCGCCGGAGCAUAAGCAUGAGCUCACUCAGGCUCUGAUUCAGGCUCUACAGAUCACCGACAUGCCGGAGAUCACGCAGACUAUACUCAAUCUGGCCGAGUUUAUGGAGCAUUGCGACCGUGAUCCCAUUCCCAUUGAGACGCAGUUGCUCGGCACCCGGGCCAUGGCUUGUCGGGCUUAUGCCAAAGCUUUGCGCUACAAGGAGGAGGAGUUUGUCCUGCGACAAGAUGCCCAUGUCUUUGAAUCGCUUAUCCUGAUCAACAACAAGCUGCAACAGCGUGAGGCAGCCGAGGGACUCCUAACCACAUACAGAAACACGGCAAACGAGUUGAAUGUCCAGGGCAGAUGGUACGAGAAGCUCCACAACUGGGAUCAGGCAUUGCGUCAUUAUCAAGAGAAUCUGCAAGCGAAUACCACGGAUCUGGAGGCGCGCCUGGGACACAUGCGCUGUCUGGAGGCGCUCGGCAACUGGUCCGAGUUGAGCACGGAAUGCAAACAGGAAUGGCCCAAUUUCAGUGUGGAAACCAAGUCCCGAGCAAGUCCGUUGGCUGCAGUGGCGGCUUGGGGUCUGCAGGAUUGGGAGGGGAUGCAGGAGUAUGUGCGUUGUAUUCCAGUGGACACACAGGAUGGCAGCUAUUAUCGUGCUGUGCUCGCCGUGCAUCACGAUGACUUUGAGACCGCUCAACGUUUGAUUGACGAGACGCGAGAUUUGCUGGAUACCGAGUUGACCUCGAUGGCGGGAGAGUCCUAUGAACGUGCCUAUGGUGCCAUGGUCUGUGUCCAGAUGCUCGCCGAGCUGGAGGAGGUGAUACAAUACAAAUUGAUACCGGAACGAAGGGAACCCCUCAAGGUAAUGUGGUGGAAGAGACUCCAAGGUGGACAGAGAUUGGUGGAGGACUGGCGACGGAUUAUUCAAGUGCAUUCGUUGGUGGUCAAACCUCACGAGGAUAUACACACAUGGCUUAAGUACGCCAGCUUGUGCCGCAAGAGCGGCUCUCUCUAUUUGUCCCACAAGACGCUGGUGAUGCUCCUGGGCAAGGAUCCCCAGCUGACGCCCCAUGAACCGUUGCCGUGCAAUCAACCGCAAGUUACCUAUGCAUAUACCAAAUAUCUGGCCGCCUCCUCGCAGCUCCAGCUGGCCUAUGAUCAGUUGAGGCACUUCGUCAACACGUAUACAGCACAAUUGAAUUGUUUGCCGCCGGAAGCACAUAAGCAACAGGAUCAACGGUUGAUGGCUCGUUGUUAUCUCAGGCUAGCAACCUGGCAGAAUAAACUGCACGAGCACCAGCGUGAUCCGGAUGCAGUUCAGGGAGCACUCGAGUCGUUUGAGAAGGCCACCAGCUAUGAUCCCAACUGGUACAAGGCGUGGCAUCUUUGGGCCUACAUGAACUUCAAGCAGAUGCAACAACCGCCCAUCUCUCUGGCUCUGGGAUUGGACAGCGAGCAUGUGAUUAUUCAACAGUAUGCGGUGCCAGCGGUGCAAGGAUUCUUCCGUUCCAUUAGCUUGAUACGCGGCAACUCCUUGCAGGACACACUCCGGCUGUUGACGCUCUGGUUUGAUUAUGGCCACUACGGCGAGGUCUAUGAGGCCGUCUUUUCCGGCAUGAAAUUAAUUGAGAUUAACACCUGGCUCCAGGUGAUACCACAAUUGAUAGCCCGCAUUGAUACGCAUCGGAAGCUGGUGGGACAAUUGAUCCACCAGCUUUUAAUGGACAUUGGCAAAAAUCAUCCGCAGGCUCUUGUUUAUCCGCUGACUGUGGCCUCCAAAUCCGCAUCGUUGGCGCGUAAAAAUGCCGCCUUUAAGAUCCUCGACUCGAUGAGGAAGCAUUCACCGACGCUGGUGGAGCAGGCGGUCAUGUGCAGCGAGGAGUUGAUUAGGGUGGCCAUAUUGUGGCAUGAACAGUGGCACGAGGGACUCGAGGAGGCAUCACGUCUCUAUUUCGGCGAUCGCAAUAUCAGGGGCAUGUUUGAGAUCCUUGAACCCCUGCAUGCCAUGUUGGAUCGUGGUCCACAGACCUUGAAGGAGACCUCCUUCUCGCAGGCCUACGGUCGGGAGUUGACGGAGGCCCAUGAGUGGACGCAGCGGUACAAGACUUCAUCUGUGCUCAUGGAUCUGGAUCGUGCCUGGGACAUUUACUAUCACGUAUUCCAGAAGAUAUCCCGGCAGCUGCCGCAGCUGACGUCCCUGGAGUUGCCGUAUGUCUCGCCCAAGUUGAUGACCUGCAAGGAUCUGGAGCUGGCCGUGCCCGGUUCAUAUAAUCCCGGCCAGGAGCUGAUACGCAUCAGUCACAUCAAGAACAAUUUACAGGUGAUUACAUCCAAGCAGCGUCCAAGGAAGCUUUGUAUACGCGGCUCCAACGGCAAGGAUUACAUGUAUCUGCUGAAGGGACAUGAGGAUCUGCGUCAGGAUGAGCGUGUGAUGCAGUUGUUCUCUCUGGUCAACACGCUGCUCCUCGAUGAUCCCGAUACCUUCCGUCGUAAUCUGGCCAUACAACGUUAUGCAGUCAUCCCAUUGAGCACAAACUCGGGAUUAAUCGGUUGGGUGCCGCACUGUGAUACACUCCAUACACUGAUCCGUGAUUAUAGAGACAAAAAGAAGGUGCCACUGAAUCAGGAGCAUCGCACCAUGCUGAACUAUGCGCCGGACUAUGAUCAUCUCACACUCAUGCAAAAGGUCGAGGUAUUUGAAUAUGCCUUGGGGCAGACCCAGGGCGAUGAUCUGGCCAAGCUGCUGUGGCUAAAGUCACCAUCAUCGGAGUUGUGGUUCGAGCGACGCAACAAUUACACACGCUCCUUGGCGGUCAUGUCCAUGGUUGGUUAUAUUCUUGGCCUGGGCGAUCGUCAUCCCUCGAAUCUGAUGUUGGAUCGCAUGAGUGGCAAGAUUCUGCAUAUCGAUUUUGGAGAUUGCUUUGAGGUGGCCAUGACUCGUGAAAAGUUCCCCGAGAAAAUCCCAUUCCGUCUCACACGCAUGCUCAUCAAGGCAAUGGAGGUGACGGGCAUUGAGGGAACCUAUCGACGCACCUGCGAGAGCGUCAUGUUGGUCCUGCGACGCAACAAGGACUCGCUGAUGGCGGUGCUGGAAGCCUUUGUCUAUGAUCCGUUGCUCAAUUGGCGUCUGCUCGAUGUGGACAAGAAGGGCAACGAGGCAACGACAACGACAACAACAACAGCCGCCGGAGCGAAUGGAGGCAGCUUGAGCAAUUCGCCGGAGCAGGAGCCAUUGCUGCAAGGUAACCCGAUGGCCAAGUCAAAAACCUACGAGACCCAACAGAUGCAUAAAGCAGGCAUCAACUUCGCAGAUGUGACCAGUACCAAGGCGAGCAUGGUCAUCCAACGUGUGGAUCGCAAGUUGACGGGCACAGAUUUCCAGACUAAAGAUGGAGUCACAGAACAACAGCAGGUGGAGCUGCUCAUCCAGCAGGCGACCAACAAUGAGAACCUUUGCCAGUGCUACAUCGGUUGGUGUCCUUUCUGGUGAAAUGGAUAAUCCCAAUCGGACUGAGAUACAAAACAACAACAACAAA